AUGGUGUUCCUCGUCUCCGCGAAGAAGUUCCCCGACUCCUUUUCGUUACUCCCCUCGGAUAGCUCGGACGCGUUAUUUCGGUACCGCAAAGUCAUGAGCGUUUUGUUUUUACUCGGGAGUUUGUUACACGCGCCGGACGUCGUCGGCAUUGGCCCGCUUUCUCGUUUCAACGCCGUGAGUUCGUUUCAAGAGUUGCCAGUGCUGGCGAAACUGGUCACCGCGACGUGGUGCGUCGGCGGACCGAUGUCUGCAGUUUUUGCGAAUAAGAAUCUACCAAUCGCAGAUUUUAUGGUCGCGUUCGUGGCGAGCGUUGAGAUUAUCGUCGGCGUAGAUUUUAAGAGCGGGUACGGGGUGGAGAUUCCGGAGCCGAUUAUCGCCGCGCAAGCGGUGAAUUUGGUGAGCGCCGUCGGGUUGCGGCUGUGGGAAAAGAAAGAGAAAGACGAAGAGGAAGAGAGAAGGGACGACGAUACUAAUAAUAAUACGCGGUGA